GAAGUGCAACUCGAACUUGGUCGGGGCGCGGAUCCUGAGAGGGAAAGUCAUAACAACCGCACGAGGGAGUUCGACUGGCGAACUGGAAGGCCACGCCUCCUCCCGCCUGCCCCCUCAGCCCUGUAGCUGGGGGCAGAGCUCAGACUGUCUUCUGAAGAUUGAUGUCUAUUUCCUUGAGCUCUUUAAUUUUGUUGCCAAUUUGGAUAAACAUGGCACAAAUCCAGCAGGGAGGUCCAGAUGAAAAAGAAAAGACUACCGCACUGAAAGAUUUAUUAUCUCGGAUAGAUUUGGACGAACUAAUGAAAAAAGAUGAACCGCCUCUUGAUUUUCCUGAUACCCUGGAAGGAUUUGAAUAUGCUUUUAAUGAAAAGGGACAGUUAAGACACAUAAAAACUGGGGAACCAUUUGUUUUUAACUACCGGGAAGAUUUGCACAGAUGGAACCAGAAAAGAUACGAGGCUCUAGGAGAGAUCAUCACGAAGUAUGUUUAUGAGCUCCUGGAAAAGGACUGUAAUUUGAAAAAAAUAUCUAUUCCAGUAGAUGCCACUGAGAGUGAACCAAAGAGUUUUAUCUUUAUGAGUGAGGAUGCUUUGACAAAUCCACAGAAACUGAUGGUUUUAAUUCAUGGUAGUGGUGUUGUCAGGGCAGGGCAGUGGGCUAGAAGACUUAUUAUAAAUGAAGAUCUGGACAGUGGCACACAGAUACCGUUUAUUAAAAGAGCUGUGGCUGAAGGAUAUGGAGUAAUAGUACUAAAUCCCAAUGAAAACUAUAUUGAAGUAGAAAAGCCGAAGAUACACGUACAGUCAUCAUCUGAUAGUUCAGAUGAACCAGCAGAAAAACGGGAAAGAAAAGAUAAAGUUUCUAAAGAAACAAAGAAGCGACGUGAUUUCUAUGAGAAGUAUCGUAACCCCCAAAGAGAAAAAGAAAUGAUGCAAUUGUAUAUCAGAGAAAAUGGUUCUCCUGAAGAACAUGCAAUCUAUGUUUGGGAUCAUUUCAUAGCUCAGGCUGCUGCUGAGAAUGUGUUUUUCGUUGCUCACAGCUAUGGAGGACUUGCUUUUGUUGAACUGAUGAUUCAACGAGAAGCAGAUGUAAAAAAUAAGGUAACUGCUGUGGCAUUGACAGACUCUGUUCACAAUGUGUGGCAUCAAGAAGCUGGCAAAACGAUUCGAGAAUGGAUGAGAGAGAACUGUUGUAAUUGGGUCUCUAGCUCAGAACCAUUAGACACAUCAGUGGAGUCCAUGCUACCUGAUUGCCCCCGGGUCUCAGCAGAUACUGAUUGCUUCGUGAUUUUGAAAAAAAUAGCAUGCUUUUGGUGUUGCCAAAUGCAAAGUCAUGAAGAUUUGCUCCUGUGUUUUCUUCUAUGAAUUUUACAGUUUUAUUUAUUAAAUUUAGGACUUUGAUCCAUUUCAAGUUAAUUUUUGUAUAUGGUAUGAGGUAAGUGCCCAACUUCAUUCCUUUGCAUGUGGAUAGCCAGUUUUCCCAGCACCAUUUGUUGAGGAGAUGUUCUUUCUGCAUUGAAUGAUCUUAGCACCCUUGUCAAAAAUCAGUUGACCGCACAUGUGAGGGAUUAUUUCUGGGCUCUCAACUCUCUUCUGUUGGUCUAUAUGUCUGUCUUUAUGGCAGUACCACACUGUUUUGACUACUGUAGCUUUAUAGUGAGUUUUGAAAUGGGGAAGUGUGAGUCUUCCAAUUUUGUUCUUCCAUAUAUAUAUAUAUAUGCCAUAUAUAUACAUGCCAUAUAUAUGCCAUAUAUAUACAUGCCAUAUAUAUGCCAUAUAUAUACAUGCCAUAUAUAUAUAUAUACACACACACACACACACCAUUGUGGGUUACUUGAAAUUUCAUUGGAAUUUUAGGAUCAGUUUUUCCAUUUCUUUCCAAAACACCAUUGAGAUUUUGUUACAGAGUGCACACUGAACCCUCAUAUUGCUUUAGGGAGUGUUGUCAUCUUAACGAUUUUAAGUCUUCCAAUCCAUGAACACAGGCUGUCUUUCCACUUAUGUCUUCUUUAAUUUCUUUGAGCAAUGUUUUAGUUUUCAGUGUACAAGCCUUUCACUUUCUUAAAGUUAUUUGUAGGUAUUUUAUUCUUUUGGAUACUACUGUAAAUGGAAUAGUUUCCUUCAUUUCCUUUUCAAAUUGUUCAUCACUAAUGGAUAGAAAUACAACUGAUUUUCCUGUGUUGAUUUUGUAUCCUGCGACUUUGCAGAUUUAGUUCUAACUGGUUUUUUGGUGCAUUCUUUAUGGUUUUCUACAUAUAAAUCAUGUCAUCUGUGAAUAAAGAUAGUUUUGCUUCUUCCUUUCCGAUUUGGAUACCCUUUCUUUUUCUUACUCACUUGCUCUGGCAAAAAUGUGUAGUACUGUGUUGUAUAAAAGUAGCAGAAGGGGACAUCCUUGUCUUGUUUUUGUUCUUAGGAGAAAACUUUCAGUCUUUUCACCAUUGAGUGUGACGUUAGCUCUGGCUUUUUCAUAUGUAGUCUUUACAUGUUGAGGAAGUUCCUUUUUUCUUAGGUUAUUGAAUGUUUUAUAUGCAAGGGUAUGGGUUUUUGACAGUUUCUCUGGAAUAAAUGAAAAAUGCUUAAGGGAUAUAUGAAAUCCUAUGACUAUUUCAUAAGAUUAUGCUAACUACCUGUACCACUACUUCCUUCCCCAGUACUACCAUCACCAUUGCACCCACACCUAAGAGACCUAAACUUUUUUUUUCUCCAACUCUAAGGGUGGUUAUUUUUCUGUUUUGAGGGAUCUCAUUCUCAUGACAUCUUCGUAAGAGGAAAUGACUUACCCGGGGUGAUGAAAAUAAGUUUUAAACCAGAUCUUCCAUAGUCCACAACAUGAAGUAGCCCAGAUGUAGCUCAGCUUUCAGGAAUGAACUUUUGGUGAAGUACUUUAAAAACAAAAAGUCGAGCAAAUAUUAAUGCUGCACUUACAUUCUUCUAACUCUUUAAAAAGACUACUUAAUUAUAAACAAAUUGUAACAACUUUAAUUUUCAGAACAUACUUAUAAGCUGUAUUGUUUCAGGUGGACAAUGGAGAUAUAUCAAGAUUACACAUAUACACUUGUAAAAGAUUAGCUUGAGUUCCCAGUUUAUUUACUCAAGAAUAUAGCAUCACAUUGGAAAUAUGAUGGCCACAAAGCAGGUGUAAAUGAACCGUAUAUAUCAGCACAGCUUCCCAUGGUCCAGCGUCCUUGAUGACAAUGCCCAAAAUACGGCACUGGAUAAAUGUGUGGAAAUGAAUUCCACACUACAGCUUUUUUAUCCUUAGGGCUACAUCAGUGCUCAAGAAAAACUUAUUGUCUGUUCUUAAUGCUUCCAUUUAAGAGAAUGUUUGGAGAUGUUAAGCUUCUUCUGGUUCUUGGACCAAACUCAGUGACAGUGAAUCCACAACAUCAUCAAGCAGAAGAAUCUGAAUUAGUGUCUGGGUCUCUGAUACCAGCUUACAACAUCCCAGUGAGACCAUUUCCUCCACACAAGCUACAGGGACCCAGCUUAACAAAUGUAUGCUUUUUCUUCUUGUCAGUAUCUAAAGGUAGAGCACUGAGGAUCCACAUAAGUUAGUGAAAAUAGAGCCAAAUCCUAAUUGCUUAGCUUUAGAUUCAGUAGGUGACUAAUCACUUGCUAUUGGAUUAUCCCACUAAAAGUCACACAGCACCAACUCCACUUCAUCGUUUUCCUAGACAGCCCUUCUGGAAAGCCUUGGAAAGGCGAUGUUUCAGCAGAGUCCGACUGUGUUGAAUGCCAGAAUAAACAACUCUGAUUGUGUUGUGAACAUAAGAGCUGUGAAGAGGCACUGACCUCAGCUGCUCCUUCAGUUCUUCUGCAGCCUCUACAGAUGUGGAGAAAUUGUGAUGAGCUCUCAAUCUUAGGGAACAGCUCCUAGAGUCCAUCUCAGCCCCCGCAUAGCUGCAUCAUUGACACAGCUGCCCCACCUCUGCUUAGGCAAAUCCUCUAUAUGUCACUAAUCAGCUUCACAUAAUUUAAAAGAUUUUCCAUCACUAGAUCUCUUGACUUGCUGUGAAAAGAGAAAAGGCUGGACCUUAGGGAAACCUUUAUACUGAAGUGAUUUCAGAUUUUUCAGAGAUUUAAGUUGAUAUGUGAAACUUUAAUCAUAAGAUCCCUUAAACAGAAGAAUAACCACCCUUAGAGCUGGGAGAAAACCAAGACUGUGUUGUUAAGUAGUUAACAAUGUUAAAUGUUACAGAGAUCAAGUAACAUAAGAAAUCAACCAAGAUACAUUGACCAGGUGCGGUGGCUCACGCCUGUAAUUCCAGCACUUUGGGAGGCCGAGGUGGACAGAUCACUUGAGGUCAGGAGUUCGAGACCAGCCUGGCCAACAUGGUGAAACCCCGUCUCUACUAAAAAUACAAAAAUUAGCCGGGCAUGGUGGUGUGCACCUUAAUCCCAGCUACUCAGGAGACUGAGGCAGGAGAAUCGCAGCCUGGGCAACAAAGUGAGACUCUGUCUGGAAAAAAAAAAGCAAAAGCAAAAGCAAAAGAAAUCUACUAAGCCAUAUCAUUUCAAUAACUAAGAUGCCAUUGAUACCUUUAGUAAUAAUGUCAGUGGCAUAAUUAGUAAAGGCAGAUGUCAAACAAACAGUCCAAAGUCUUCAUAUUUGCCCAGAUUUUCCCCUGCCUUAAUUUAAAAAAUAAAUUUCAACUCCUGACUCCAAUAGAUCUUCACUGUCAUUCUGAAAAUGUUUCAUUAUCAAACAUUUUGGUUAUCUUGUAUUUCCUAUAGACAAGGCAAAUAAUUUUAAUCUGAAGAUGCUGAGCCCCUUUAGAGUAUAAGCAGAAUAAUGUUUUUGUACAUAUGUGCAUUUUCUUUAAAGAUGGUUGAUAGCCUUCAUCACAUAUUCAAAGAGGACCGUGACUCUUCUUUAGAUCUACAGUUUCAGAAUUUAAGAAGCACCUUCCCUUUUGUCACCUUUUCAAAUGAUUUCCUUUGACAGUACCUUAUAUAAUAGGUAAUUUCUGGUUUUCUUUGAAUCUAUAUUUUCUAGAUAUCUCCAGCUCAGUGUCAUAUGAAGGCCCUGAGUUGCAUUUUACAUAAGUCUUUUAAGUUCAGACUAAAUAAUAUAUUGAUUAUUGCCUUUCUUGUUCUUACACUCUUAUCAAUCCUUGGCACUUUAAUUAAAAUCUUAUCAUAAGGAACAAUUUUUCUUUUUCAUAGAAGUUUUCUUAUUCACUAAGAAAUCAUGGGGUGUUUGGAUACCUGCCCUUAUUUCAAAGCAUGAUCUUUUUCUUGAAUUAGCAUCUGUUUCGAUAAUUUCAUUUUUUUGAAAGAGAUAUACUGUAUAUCCUUGUUUGUUAUACCAAAUCUGUCUCAUGGGGAUUUGUUUUUCAGAAUAGCCACUUUUGUUUAUGCUUUCUUCUAGGAAUAGUCUUGCCUACUAAACAGUAUUGGUUUUCUUGGCAAAAUCUAUUCAAGAUUAAUUCUUUUCAGAAUGCAAAAAUUAUUUAUGUCAAACUGUGUUUUUAAAGUGAAAACUACAAAGCCAUUGCAAUUAAACCUAGUGGAAAUGUACUUGACAAAGUGAUUCUAAACUGAAAGAAUAAAACUUAGAAAAUAGUUAAGGAAAUUUCAAAGGUAAAGAUUUAGGUGGCCAAUUAUUUAACAGUGUGACAGUGGUGGUGGUGAUGGGCAAAAUAACAUAAACAAAUAUUUAUUUAUUGGAAAGUGAAUUGGUACAACCUUCAUGAAAGGCUGUUAGGUAAUUCAUAUGGAAAACUUUUAAAACGUGCAUUUCCAUUGGCCCAUCAUUUCAACUUUUAAGAAUUUUUAUAAGAAAAUAAUUGUGUGUGGCCAGAUGCAGUGGCUCACGCUUGUAAUCCCAGCACUUUGGGAGGCUGAGGCGGGCAGAUCACAAGGUCAAGAUAUCAAGACCAUCCUGGUCUACAUGGUAAAAACCCGUCUCUACUAAAAAUACAAAAAUUAGCUGGGUUUGGUGAUGCAUGCCUGUAGUCCCAGCUACUCAGGAGGCUGAGACAGGAGAAUGGCAUGAACCCGGGAGGCAGAGGUUGCAGUGAGCCCAGAUCAUACCCCUGGACUACAGUCUGGCAACAGAGCAAGACUCCAUCUCAAAAAAAAAAGGAAAGAAAAGAAAAUAAUUUUGUGUGUGUGUGUAAGGAUUUAGCAAAAAGAGUGGUCAUGCAGAAAUUUUUUUAAAAGUUUAACAACAAAAAAUUAGAAACAACCUAAAUGUUUAACAAAGGGUUAAGUAAAUAAAAUUAAACAUGAUAGAAAGUUAAAAUUAUAUUAUAGAACCACAGUUUUGAUAGAAAGUUCAGAGUAAAUUGUUGAAUGAAGCAAAACAACUUAUUAAACUUCAUACCAUUUUUAAAUGAUAUAUUACGUAGAGAAAAAAUCUAAAUGUAUAUACAGGUAUUGGUAUUGUUAGUGAUUUUUUUUAGAAUUUUUGCUGUAUGUAUUUAUUAUACAAUUUUAAACAUCCAAGACAUAUUUUUAAACAAAGGCUCUAGGAGAUCUAGAGUUCCAAAAGAUACACAUUCUCCUAGUCUUCUUUGUUUCUAAAAUAGUAAUUUCUCCUUACAAAGCAAUGUUUAAAAGAGUAAAUCUGACCUAUUCAUUUUUAGUCACAUUUUUAGUUUCUGUAAAAGAAGGGCAAUUAUCUAAAUGGAGGAGUACGGAGCCAUAUACAUUAGAAAAACAUUGCUAAAAAUUAAGGUUUGGGUUUUUUUUUUUUAAAUCAGAGGCCCAUUAAUGUUAAAGAGCUUCAGUGUAGCACAGUGAGUGAAGACACCUGCCAUAUGUCUGUUUUUCUGCACAACAUGGUAAUUUACAAUUACAAUUAGUGUGUUUAUAUACCUCUGUAGUUAACCCAUAUUUAGAAUAUAAUGUAAGCCCAAAUCAUUUUCAUGUUUCUGAAUGUUCACUUUUCAAUUUUAAAAAGCAUUUGAAAAUAUUGAAAUCCUGAUUUUAACACAGUAGAAUCUUCUUUGCUUGUCAUUUUUGAAGAAACCAAAUGAAUAUAAAUGAGCUCUAUGGAUUUCUAAGUUGGAAGGCAAGGUCAGUUCCUGUGAUUACAUCCCCAGCCAGAUGAAAGAUGAACUGUCAUGAACUGAAUCCACCCCAAUACCCAGUGAAAUCCUUAAAACAAGUCAUUAGCAUGAUCAUGGCUACACCAGUGAAGAGAAACAUGACAGGAAGCUUUGGGAGAGGCUACAUGGUUUAUCAAAGGGGCUACCUCUAGAAAACAGUCUGUUAAGUUGCCACUGUGCCACCUCACUUUCCGCUAGGAGCACAGCUAAGAGGCAGAAUUAGCUACUUUGGUCUUGAACCUUGGACUUAGGUUUUCUUCCUGCAGCUUCCAACAAAAUGACAAAAUACAAACUAGCUUCACUUGCUGCUAUCAGCUCUUCUAUUGCCAAAGACUGUGGUUGGAAAAGGAAACGUUGGGGCCUUCCUGAGAUUUCACUGCAUUUAAAAAUCAAUAUUCUUUUUAAAAACUGUACAGCCUGAAUGUCAUUUCUUCUUCAAAGGAAUAACUGUAUUGCUUAACAAGUAGUCUUCCUUUUCCUUUCAGGAUGUAUAAUGUAGACCAUCUUCUAGGACUAGGUUGAGUGGCCAGGGCAGUGUAUAAGAUGCAUUGGGUUGAUUCAUUAUUUUAGAAUGGAUGAUAAUGUUCCUAGAUCUGCUUUAAAAGUUUGAGUAUUAUUGAUUGAGUAGUGGAAAAUCUUAACAUAUACCUUUUUAAUUGAAAGAGAAUUUGUUUCAGUAUGCCAUGCUAUUAGUUUUCUAGGACUGCCAAACAAAGUACCACAGAUUGGGUGGCUUGCACAACAGAAAUUUAUUUUCAUGCAGUUCUGGAAGUUAAAAGUGUGAGAUGAGGUUGGGGGCAGGGUUGGUUCCUUGUGAGGGUUUUGAGGGAAGGAUCUGGCCCAGGCUUUUUUCCUUGGCUUGUAAAUGGUGGUAUUCUCGCUGUAUCUUUACAUUGUCUUCCUUCUGUAUAUGUGUGUGUCCCUAUUUCCUCUUUUUGUAAGUGAUAUUGCAUUAGGACCUACCCUAAUGACCUCAUUUUAACCUAAUUACCUCAGUAAAGAUCCUAUCUCCAGAUACAGUCACAUUCUAAGAUACUGGAGCUUGGGACUUCAACACAUAAAUUUGGUGGGGGACACAAUUCACCCAAUAACACCUACUACCCCUACUGUAGAGAAAAAAAUAGGUGAUCAGGGAUAGGUUUGGAAAGGCAGAGAGACUUUGUUGUUUCCUACAAAGGAGUUAAAUAAGGUGGUAUAAUGGAAAGGAAAGAGUAUUAGCCACAGAGUCAAAUAGUCCCAGAUCUGCAUUCAAAUAAUACCACCAUUCUAGGGUUAUCUUCUCAGGAAAAUUUUACAAAAAAUAAAAUUUCUUCUCUCCCCACCAAUAACCUUCUGGGCUGAAGAAUUACAGUAACUUAUUUAUCUGUAUUUUCGGAGCAGGACAAUUGAACUCUCAUCAGUAAAAUGAGAGUCUCACUUAUAUUAGGAAGAAAAUUUUGAUAUUUUGAUAGAGAUAUGAUUCUUAAAUUUCCCCAGAAAAGUUGAUAUGUGAACUUAUUAAGAAAGCUGUGUCACUUUUCGCUAAGAAUUGUCAGCCACUAAGCUUAUCAAGCUAAUGUACAGAACAGUCAGGUGACUUGCCUUUAAUUUGUCAUUGUGUUUAUGAAAAGAAGAGCUAAAACAGAAGAGAACAAGUUUAGACAGUGACUGUUUUCAUAAACAGUUUUAAUAGUAUUGCUAAAUCCAAGUAGACAUGUAAGUUUUUUACAUAUAUUUACUGUAAAUAUUUCUGUAAUAAUCAACCAUUAAAUAAUACAGAUAUAUAAAUGAUCACCUCAUUCAAACAUUUUUUUUUGGCACCAAUCUAUUUGCUAAAUAUUUAUUACCUUUGAUAUUUAAACCAAAGAGAAAAGAUGGGGGAAAAAAAAACUCCCUAUACAGGGAUUUAGUGUGUUAUUCUUUACUCCCCUGAAAAGCCAAUCACUCCAACACCAUAGCGAAAAAAGAACGUUUUGCUGCUUCUGUGUCACAUCAUUAAAGUAGUUAAUCUGCAGCCAUAAAUUUUUGUCUUAUGGGCCAAGAAAUUUUAAGUAAAAUACUAACAAAAAUGUAACACUUUUAAAUGAGAAGUGAAAGCAUCUUUAUCCUUUUUAUUUGAGUUUCCAGAAAUGGCAUGCUCCAUAAAAAAUUGUAUCAUUUUUAUUUUUAAACUGAGUUUCUUGCAUUAGUCAGUAAACAAUUUAUUUAGUGAACAUUCUCUGUGCACAUAUAUACACCAUGUGAACAUUUAAGAAACAGAAGGUGCUUGAAUUUGUGAGAUUUAAAUAUUUUCUCACAGUUGAUCCAGUGAUACCACAGUUGAAAUAAAACCAUAUAUAAAUGAAAUCCCACUUUCUACUAAAAUGUAAGUGUAGAUUUUUUAAUUAUUGUUUUAAUGAGGACAAUAACGAUUCCAUGUAUUCAGUGGAACAUCUUACAAAUCUUCAGCAUGUUUACUCUCAUGUGCAUUCUAAGACUCACCAUAAAACUACCUAUCCUAAUUACAGAUAUGCAUAUUCAUUGUAUUACAUUAUCUAACUAGACAUUUUAUAUUGCUAAUUUUCCUACAAAUAUUAUUAACUUUUAAAACUAUAAGCAAUUAUUUGAUUUCUCAUUUAUGUUGUUCUCCUAAAAACGUACAUACACAUAUCAGUAUACAUAUUUUAAGUAUAUUAUUUGAAAUAUGGGCUGUGUAGACCAUAUGUAAUACCCCAGGACAUGACAAGCAAAAUGAUAAUACUCACCAUAGCAAUGUUUGGCCAUUUCCCAGCCAUCCUUGCUGUGGUCCCAAACCAACUCCUGCUUUUCCUCGAGGCUCUGCAUCUUCAUAUUCAUGUAAGCAGUAACAUUGUACCUCUAUACUUCAUCCUCAGUGACCAAAUAUCUAAUUAGCACCUGUUAAGGGCUAGGCACUAAAGAUUCAGAAUUAGACAAGAAGCACAUAGGCUUGAGAGAGGAAAGAAGUGAGAAAAUCAAGGAUUACAUCACCAAGCGGCCAGUGUUAGAGGAAUGGGCAGAGGAACAACACAAAGAAAGGAGCAAAGAACUCAGUGGAAAUAUAUGGAAACAUUCUUAAGAACAGGGAACAACGUAAAGGAUAACUAGGAGUGGAGGGGGGUGAGGAGAGAGAGAAAGAAAGACAGAGAGCAAGAGAGAGAUGAAGGAAGGGGAGGAAAAGUGAAGGGAGUUUAUUUUGACUGAGAAUCUGGACUGUAAUUUGUUACUGCAAUUAGGAGUUAAAUGUAGUGGUAAAAAUACAGCCAUAGCCAAAAAGUUAUAUAGUUCUCAGUAUAUAAUUACUUGAGCCUUCCAAAAUGCUUUAGAAGAAAUAUUUUCUUAACAUUAAAGAUUAAUAUAUCAGUCUUUCAAAAAGACA